GCCCAACCAGAAAAGUAGAAACGCCGUUCUCUCAUCCUCGAGGGACAGAAAGAACGAGAGUGAGGGGGAAAGAGAAGCAAGACCUAGAUUAGGGAUCCGCGCUGCCGCCCGACCCCCAUCCCACCCCCUCCCCGCCGGCCAUGGCUCUCUUCCCUGACUGGGUUAUGCUGGACCGCUUCGUGGUCCGCCGGGACGACCUUGACGUGGACGACUCAACCGUGGCCUCCGGCAGCGGCUCCGGGGAGCACGUGUUCCACGUCGGAUUCCAGCUCCACGCGCCGCCGCGGGUGUCCCGCAUCCUCCUGCGGGUCGACGCCGGCGCGUCGUCCUUCAACAACUUCCGCGUUGUCGCCGCCCACCGCGACGCGUUGCUCCUUCAGAUGUCAUACCUCAUCGAGGCGCGCCCCGGCCGCACGCUCCGCAAGUACGGGAUGAUCGACUUCUUCCUCUACAGAGCAGCCGGUACCGAUGGCUCGUCUCGGCCGUCGCUCGAUCUUCUCCCCGCUGUCGACGGCACCGAGGCCGAGGUCCGGACCCGGAUCGAGGCGGAGGGCUUCGUCUGGACGAACCAGCGCGAACGGAGGGCCAAGGGCUUGGAUCUCGGCGUCGUGCGCCGUGGCGAGAAAGAGUUUGCAGUCGCCGAGCUCCAGGUCAGCUGUUCUAAGGAACCAUCAGAGCUCCACGUGUUUUGCCCGACCAAAUCGAGCCAGUGGGAAAUCAAGCAGCCACCGCUCAUACCUGUGGGUUGUGCGGACGAUUUUUCCUUGGAGCGGUUGCUGUUCUACUGGAAUGCGGACAAGGUCGUCACAUUUGGGAGCUCCCUCUGCUGGAUAGAUUACUGCUAUGGCAUCAUUUUCUGUGAUGUGUUCGAUGACACCCCAGUGCUCUACUACAAGGAAUUCCCUUCAAAAGUGCCCAAUCUGUAUGACAACUGUCAUGGUACUGGAUGGGUUGAUGCCUACCAGACCGUCGGUGUUACCAGCUGCGGCUCCCUGAAGUACGUCACAGUUGUGCGCGGUGAUGGCAAGAUUACCGGAGAGUUCACAGAGUCUUCUGGUUUCACCGUCACCUCCUGGACUCUAAAGAGAACAGAAGUGAAUAAGAUGGAGUGGGAAAAGACUGACGAGGCUACGUCCGAUGAUCUCUGGCGUCUUGAUGGUUUUCAGAAUCUCCCGCGCAUCCCGUUGCGGUUUCCUCACAUCAGCAUUGACGACCCCAAUGUUGUUUGCUUUGUGUUGAGGAGGAGGGUUGAAGGGAAGUGUUACCACGAGACUUGGCUAGUUUCUGUUGACUUGAGCAGCAAGGCAGUUAAGGCUUCCCACCCAUAUAGCAAUCCAGAAUUAGAAGAAACGGAUAUCUCUUGCGAGACUGACUUUUCAAAAUCAAAGUACUGGUACUUCGAGUCUUUUCUUCCCACCGAGUUCACCAAGUACAUGAAUCUGCUUAGCACCAGUAAGGGGGAGUGGGUAACUUCAGAGUGCCACAUAUGAGGAACUUAAAAAUGCACAAUAUCAAUGCUAGGUAUGAUAAUGGGUUGGCUACAGACGCCUCUAUUUUCUUGGGUUGAGUUUAAAUGUACAAUUGACUGGAUUCAAACGGAUUGAGAGGCACCGCACGAGGGAUAGGUUUGGUCGCAUCUGCUUCUACUUGGUUGGUUGGGUGGAGUAUUUUUUUAGUUAAUAUCUGGGUUGAGGCUCUUGUUUGAAUGUUGGUAAUUCAUGUUCGACUCGAAUUGCUUUUGUAGAAUGGCAUUAGUGGAACCAGAAUCUUGUUAAUUCUGCAGGGUCUCAUGUUUGAAUUAUUUUGGUUGGGCUAAUUAUGUUUUACGCAUCAUAGUAAAGUGAGUAAAUCGUAAUCAAAGUGUACAUGAUGAAAAACCACUGGUCUGAACGUUGGUAAUUCUUGUUCUGCUUGAACUGCUUUUAUAGAAUGGCAUUAGUGGAACCAGAAUCUUGUUAUUUCUGCAGGGUCUCAUGUUUGAAUUCUUUUGGUUGCGCUAAUUAUGUUUUACGCGUCAUAAAAAAGUGAGUACAUUGUAGUCAAAAUGUACAUGAUGAAAACCAAUUUAAGUUAAAGCUUAUGCUCUUCAUAGUUAAGCUGAGUGAGACAAUCAACCGAGUUUGACUGAUGUGUUGCCUCAUUGUUCUGGGAAACGCGACAGUCUGCUCUUAAUCUCCGACUGUUGUUCUUUUGAUGUAAUCUGUAGUAAGCAGGAGUGGGUAACUUCAGAGUGCCACACGAGGAACUUAAAAAUGCACAAUAUCAAGGCUGUUAAUGAUAAUGGGUUGGCUACAAACACCUCUAUUUUCUUAGGUUGGGUCUAAAUGUACAGUUGAUUGGAGUCAAACAGAUUGAGGGGUGCAAGGGAUAGGUUUGGUCGCGUCUGCCUUCUUGUGGGUUGGUUGAGUCGAGUAUUUUUGUAGUUAAUAUCUGGGUUGAGUAUCUGGUUUGGGUUCAAUCUCUGUUCCCAUGUGUUACCUGAUAUCCGUCACCGUACUUCCCUCCUUCCCUGAUCUAUAUUGAUUCCUUCUCUCUUAAACAUGAGCAGUUAGGUUUAUUCGUUGGGUCUGAUUAUUAUGCGAUCUAUUGUUGUCAUUGUGCAAUCAACUGAGUCGGUUGGGUCAGGAAUUUCAUGUGGGCUGUAAGGUGUAUAGUUUCAGCUUAUCAUACAGAAGGUGUUCAUAUGACUGUAAACUAUUGAGCGUUGGUCCAUUGAAGCAUGUACCUCUACCGGAUAACUUGUUCGCAGGCACAUGUUUUUACAUCCUACAUUUAGGUCAUAUGGACAGUCUUUGGUUCAUAUUGUUAUUUGUACUAUACCUAUUUGGACUGAGCAAAGGAUAUUCUAUUGACUGAAC